CAUCUUCCUUGAGUUACUUGCAAAUUUUGCAUGUACUCAAACCAGCUCUGCUCCUCCCACAACACUCAUAGAGGCUCGAAACACUCGUGCGCCGACCACGUCCUAAGAUAUUGAUUUUACCCACCACCACCUCGUUCAACUCUCCACUCUCAUCCGACAUGUCUGCUCCCGCUGUCGCCAACAACACCUCUGGGUACAACACCCCUGACUCUCAACUCGAGGGCGUGGUCCCGGUGCACCCCACUUCGGCUCGUCGUGAACAUGCCAUUGCUGUUCAGUCCGAGAACACCUCGUUCACCGACGAGCACAUCACCGCGAAGUUCGUCAACCGCGGCACCGAAGUGAAAGUUUCGAACGGCCAAUAUGUCGUUACCCCCACCACUCAAACCGUCGAAUUCCAAACUCAACGCAAGGUCAACAAGACUGGUCUCAUGAUGAUCGGUAUUGGCGGCAACAACGGAACCACGUUGUGCGCGACCAUCCUCGCCAACCGUCACCAGAUCACCUGGAACACCAAGGAAGGUCUCCAAACCCCGAACUACAUUGGUUCCCUCCUUCGUGCUUCCACCUUCCGUCUUGGUGUCGACUCUACCACCGGCAAGGACAUCUAUGUCCCCGUCUCCGACCUCCUCCCCAUGGUCCACCCCAAUGACCUCGUCUUGGGCGGCUGGGACAUCUCCGGCACCCCCAUGGACAAGGCCAUGUACCGCGCCAAGGUCCUCGACUACGACCUCCAGCGCCAGGUCGCUCCCCACAUGGCCCUCCUCGGCAAGCCACUCCCCUCCAUCUACUACCCCGACUUCAUCGCCGCCAACCAGGAGGCCCGUGCCGACAACCUCAUCCCCGGCAACGACAAGCAGGCCCACCUCGAGCAGAUCCGUGCGGACAUCCGCAAGUUCAAGCAGGACAACGACUUGGACCGCGUUAUCGUCUUCUGGACUGCCAACACCGAGCGAUACAGCGACAUCAUCCCCGGCGUUAACGACACGGCCGACAAUCUCUUGAACGCCAUCAAGACCUCCCACUCCGAGGUUUCCCCGUCCACUCUCUUCGCUGUCGCCUCCAUCCUCGAGGGUGAGCCCUUCAUCAACGGUGCUCCUCAGAACACCUUCGUCCCUGGUGCCAUCGAGCUCGCCGAGCGCGAGAAGUCCUUCAUCGGUGGUGAUGACCUCAAGUCCGGCCAGACCAAGCUCAAGUCCGUUCUCGCCGAGUUCCUCGUCAACGCUGGCAUCAAGCCCCUCUCCAUCGCCUCCUACAACCAUCUCGGCAACAACGACGGCGAGAAUCUCUCCGCCGAGCGCCAGUUCAAGAGCAAGGAGAUCAGCAAGAGCAGCGUCGUCGACGACAUGGUCAACGCCAACCGCCUCCUGUUCAAGGCUCCCGAGGUCGGCGAGAAAGGCGUCCCCAUCGGCAAGGGCGAGCAUCCCGACCACAUCGUCGUCAUCAAGUACGUCCCCGCCGUCGGCGACUCCAAGCGCGCCAUCGACGAGUACUUCUCCGAGAUUUUCUGCGGUGGUCGCUCUGUCAUCAACAUCUUCAACGAGUGCGAGGACUCCUUGCUUGCCACCCCCCUCAUCCUCGACCUCGCCAUCUUGGCUGAGCUCCUCACCCGUGUCAAGUACCGCAAGGAGGGCCAGGCUGACUUCCAGCCCCUCUACUCGGUUCUAUCGUUGCUCUCAUACAUGCUCAAGGCUCCUCUCGUCAAGCCUGGCACUGAGGUCAUCAACAGCUUGAACAGGCAGCGCAACGCUCUCGAGAGUUUCUUGAAGGCUUGCCUCGGCUUGGAGGGCAGCAGCGACCUUCUCCUCGAGACCAGGCUCUGGUAA